GCGGGCGGGUGAGCCGCGGGGCGGGCGAGCGCUGCCUGCGCGCACCUGGAAGGCCCGGGUCCCAGGGCUGCCUCUCCUGCCAGAGCUGCCACCGAAGCCGGACCCCGACUCUCCUCUGCUCGCGAGGUUGCAGCCGUCGCCUUCCUCUUCGUUGGGGGUCUCAGGUGUCACCGACCUAGUGAGGGGGAAGCAUCACCCGACUUCACAUACUCUACAGCAUCUCCUCCCCGGCUCCUACUGCAGAAAAUCGGAAAGCACCGAAGGCCAUCAUCUAGGUACCAAGAUGCAGUUUUCUGGAAGAAUGAGGAAGAAACUGAGGUUGGCAGGUGACCAGAGAAAUGCUUGCUACCCUCAUAGCCUCCAGUUUUACUUGCAACCACCUUCUGAAAACAUAUCCUUGAUAGAGUUUGAAAGCUUGGCUAUUGAUAGACUGAAAUUGCUAAAAGCGAUUGAAAACCUUGGUGUGAGUUAUGUGAAAGGGACAGAGCAGUACCAGAGUAAGUUGGAGAAUGAGAUUCGAAAACUCAAGUUUUCCUACAGAGAAAGUUUAGAAGAUGAAUAUGAGCCACGGAGACGAGAUCACAUCUCUCACUUUAUUCUGCGCCUUGCUUAUUGCCAGUCUGAAGAUCUUAGACGAUGGUUCAUUCAACAAGAAAUGGAUCUCCUUCGGUUUCGAUUCAAUAUUUUACCCAAGGACAAAGUUCAAGAUUUCUUGAAGGAUAGCCAUAUGCAAUUUGAGGCUAUAAGUGAUGAAGAGAAGAACCUUCGAGAGCAGGACAUUGUUGCCUCAUCGCCAAGUUUAAAUGGGGUCAAGUUGGAAUUUGAGUCAGUUUAUAAGAUCCCUUUUGCUGAUGCGCUGGAUUUGUUCAAAGGAAGGAGAGUCUACCUGGAAGAUGGCUUUGCUUAUGUGCCACUUAAAGACAUUGUGGCCAUUGUCCUGAAUGAGUUUAGAGCCAAGCUUUCCAAGGCUCUGGCACUCACAGCCAGGUCCUUGCCCACCGUGCAGUCUGAUGAAAGACUUCAACCCCUACUCAACCACCUCAGUCAUUCUUACACUGGUCAAGAUUAUAGUACACAAGGAAAUUCUGGGAAGAUUUCUUUAGAUCAAAUUGAUUUGCUUUCUACCAAAUCCUUCCCACCUUGCAUGCGGCAGUUGCAUAAGGCCUUGCGAGAUACUCAUCAUCUUCGUCAUGGAGGCCGCAUGCAGUACGGCCUCUUCCUGAAGGGCAUCGGCUUAACACUGGAACAGGCUUUGCAGUUCUGGAAGCAAGAAUUUAUCAAAGGAAAGAUGGAUCCAGACAAGUUUGAUAAAGGUUAUGCUUACAAUAUCCGACAUAGCUUUGGAAAGGAAGGCAAGAGGACAGACUAUACACCUUUCAGUUGUAUGAAGAUUAUUCUAACCAAUCCACCAAGCCAUGGGGAUUAUCACGGGUGCCCAUUCCGUCACAGUGACCCAGAGCUGCUGAGGCAGAAGCUGCAGUCAUACAAGAUCUCCCCUGGAGGGAUAAACCAGAUUUUGGAUUUUGUAAAGGGGACACAUUAUCAGGUUGCCUGUCAAAAAUACUUCGAGAUGACACAUAAUGUAGAUGAUUGUGGCUUUUCUUUGAAUCAUCCGAAUCAGUUCUUUUUUGAGAGCCAGCGGAUCCUAAAUGGUGGUAAAGACGUCAAGAAAGAAUCCAGCCAUCCAGAAACACCUCAACCCAAACCUAGUGUCCAGAGAAACAGAGAUGCACCGCCUGCUCUGGCCUCGGCAAAUUCCUCCCUGGACAUGGACCUGGAGGGGCUAGAAGAUUACUUCAGUAACUGAACAGGGAGUUAGUAACUCUGCUCCUGUCCCCCCCCCCCACAGCCAUCCUUUCCUGUUGUUAAGGUUGUGCUUUUUUCUUUUUAAACCUUUUUCUCUUGAACUACUUCUUCUGCCCCACUCACACCAUGUACACACAUGUUUUAGGCAAACAGACUUGCAGAUUUAAACAAAGACCUCCACUAUGUUCUUCUUUGACAGAGGGGAGGAGUUUCUGUUCAAAUCUUUCAUUGAAUAUUGCCAACUAAAUCCUAUUUCUGUAAAAUCAAAACAGCCUUCUGGACUGGUUACAGCCCCAGGAUGCAACAUAGCUUAAACCAACCAUUUGCUUUAAGGCUUAACACUCUGUAGUUUUGACCUAGUUAUUUUCUGGACCGUUUUUAUAAUAAAUGUCACAAUGUGCAUGA